CAUUCCAGUGAAGAGGUUCAGAAAAGAAGGACGCUUAGCAUGGAACUCCCAAGGCUUGGAGAUGUGGUCCCCCAAAAGUUUAGUCGUUGAAUGGGAGACCGAAGGGUGAUGGGAAGGGGCAGGCGCGCCUGGGGUGCUCGAAUGGGGCGUGCGGCGGCAGAAUUGUAAUGCGCUCUUCCUCGGAUUGCCUGCCCCGGGUGACCUCCUGGACCUGCCCUGGCGGAAUCCGGACUUGCCCCGCCGAGAUGACGAGGGCUGACUUCAAGGACGUGAAUUGGUGACCUCAUCCCAACAUCAGAACCUCAGCUGCUAUUCUGAUUUUCGCACCAUUCCAGGCACCUUGAACUUCAUAUGGAAAUACAGUUGAACCUUGGGGUCUGAUGGAAAUUCACUGUGACAUUCAAAUCAAGACCACUUGCUGAAACCUGCAGAGCCUUUCCUCCAUGGGCCCUGAUGGUAGCCUCCAGAAGGUGCAGCCUCAGCUGGUCCUCCUUCUGUGGCAAGAAUAAACUUUGGGUCCUGGAUUGCAACCCCACCUGUGGAGAAAAUGGUAUGCGAGGGAAAGCGAUCCGCCUCUUGCCCUUGUUUCUUCCUCCUGACGGCCAAGUUCUACUGGAUCCUCACCAUGAUGCAAAGAACUCACAGCCAGGAGUAUGCCCAUUCGAUCCGCGUGGAUGGGGACAUCAUUCUGGGCGGUCUCUUCCCUGUCCACGCGAAGGGAGAGAGAGGGGUGCCUUGCGGGGAGCUGAAGAAGGAAAAGGGGAUCCACAGACUGGAGGCCAUGCUUUACGCAAUCGACCAGAUUAAUAAGGACCCCGAUCUCCUCUCCAAUAUCACUCUGGGGGUCCGGAUCCUCGACACGUGCUCCAGGGACACGUACGCUUUGGAGCAGUCACUCACGUUCGUACAGGCGUUGAUCGAGAAAGACGCUUCCGAUGUCAAGUGCGCUAAUGGAGAUCCGCCCAUUUUCACCAAGCCUGACAAGAUUUCUGGCGUCAUAGGUGCUGCCGCGAGCUCCGUGUCCAUCAUGGUGGCUAACAUUUUAAGACUUUUUAAGGUAGGUAAAGGCUUAGACAGUUUGGACCGUGGUGGGCAGACAGGAGAGUGUCCUGCAGGUUUAGGAAGAAAGCAAAGGCAGGAAAGACAGCCUCUCCAGGGUCACAGGUUCCUCGGAUUGAGGCUUCUGGCUCCAGGCUUCUCCCUGUGUGGAUUGCGUUACAUUUUUUAAAACAAUGACCUGGAGUAAUGGUGACUUUUUGUUUUUCUUUCUUUCCUGAACACACAGGGAGGUAAUCAUUUCUAGGACAUGUUGCGUCCUCAGCAUCUGGGGAUGUGCUCUCUAGGGAGGCAUUAUUAAAGCAAAUCAAGUGUUUGGAGAGCGUCUCAGUGAACUCAGCUCAGUUAUCAGAUCAAACAUGUCUAGGGUAUUUGAGGUCUAAGAUAAGUUACUUGAUGAAACUUCUGUAUCGUGGGAUGCUCUGUUGUGACACAAGUUCCUGUGUGAAGGAAUAGUAUUUAUCACUAAUGUGUCGAUGGGAGUGACACUCUGGGCUAGAAGAUGGCCGUAAAAUUGUCAGGUUUAUUGCAGUUACAAUAGGGAAGAACCUCAUUAAUUCAGACUACUCUGAUGCAGACUGAGAAUAAUUGUAUGUAAUUCUUAUUGAGUUAAAAGUUCAAAUUUAGCAGGAUAAUUCGAGACUUUUUCAUUUAGGUCAGAUGACCUGUUACCUAUAAAUUGAAUUUGCAUAUUGAAUAAAAUUAGCAGGGAAAAUAAGGGAUGGAACAAUACUUUGAAAAUAUUGAGUCCCAUAAAAAUAAAAUUACUGUAGCUCAUCUUUCAUUAACUUUCUCCUUUUCUUUGUUCAUUCUAUUACAUAGUCUUUUGUAACAGACAUAGACAUAAUUUUAAAGAUUGAAAAUACUUUUCACUCUGAUUUUUUAGUCACUGGGACCUGACUCUUCCACCUUAUUCUGAAUUAAUGAAUCUUCGUUUUAUAUUGUGAGCAAAUGUUUCUGUGCAUAUUAGAUUUAAAAAUAUUAAAAGAAUAUGAGACGUUGGACAGACGACAGAUAUAUGACAAAAAUGAACAAAGUAAUGGAAAACUUACGCCAGAAAAAAGAUAGAAGGGUUUGAACCAAAGACUUUCUGGUUCGGAAGCCACCCUAGGGGACCAUCGAGUCUGGUUCACGUCUGUAACAUCCCCCCAGCUUCUGUAUGAAUUCCCUUAGUUUAAAGGAGGGAAUGCUGGAGUUCCUUUCAUGGCUCAGUGGUUAAUGAACCUGACUAGGAUCCAUGAGGUUGCCGGUUUGAUCCCUGGCCUUGCUCAGUGGGUUAAGGAUCCGGUAUUGCCAUGAGCCGUGGUAUAGGUCGCAGAUAUGGUUUGGAUCUCGCGUUGCUGUGGCUCUGGUGUAGGCUGGCGGCUACAGCUCUCAGAUUCGACCCUGAUCCUGGGACCCUCCCUAUGCUGUGGGUUUGGCCCUAGAAACAGC